GACCAGGCGCCCCGGAGCCGCCGCCGGCUGGGCGGCCGCGGAGCAGGUGGAGGCUGGCAGCGGCCCGGCUGCCAUGGCUCGGCCUCCGGGUGGAGAGCACCAGGUCCCACCUCUCCCCUCCUGGCCUGCCCGCCAUGCCUGCCAGACCUUUGCCUUUGCAGGGGCUCCCGCCUGACCAGCCUCUCCUCCUCGUUUGCUAGGGAUCUGGGGGCUGAGCCGUCUGGGGUCCUGGGCCAAUGCAGUGCCGGCCCCUCCGGGGCCUGGCGGGAGCCCUCCUCACCCUUCUGUGCAUGGGGCUCCUGUCCCUACGGUACCAUUCCAGCCUGUCCUCGCAGGGGGUGCGGGAGACCCCCAGGCUGAGCCCGCCAAGCCCUCGGCCCCCUUCUGAGCUGCAGCUGCACGAUGUUUUCAUCGCCGUCAAGACAACGCGGGCCUUCCACCGCUCCCGCCUGGAGCUGCUGCUCGACACGUGGGUCUCCAGGAUCAGGGAACAGACUUUCAUCUUCACCGACAGCCUGGAUAAAGGCCUCCGGGAAAGACUGGGGUCCCACCUCGUGGUCACCAACUGCUCCGCAGAGCACAGCCACCCAGCCCUGUCCUGCAAGAUGGCUGCUGAGUUUGAUGCCUUCUUGGCCAGCGGGCUGAGGUGGUUCUGCCACGUGGACGACGACAACUACCUGAACCCGAAGGCGCUGCUGAAGCUGCUAAAAGCCUUCCCGCACACCAGGGAUGUCUACGUGGGCCGGCCCAGCCUGAACCGGCCUAUCCACGCCUCUGAGCCGCAGCCGCGCAACCGCACGAGGCUGGUACAGUUCUGGUUCGCCACUGGAGGCGCCGGCUUCUGCAUCAACCGCAAACUGGCUUUGAAGAUGGCCCCGUGGGCCAGUGGCCCCCGCUUCGUGGACACAUCUGCCCUCAUCCGGCUGCCUGACGACUGUACCGUGGGCUACAUCGUCGAAUGCAAGCUGGGGGGCCACCUGCAGCCCAGCCCCCUCUUCCACUCCCACCUGGAGACCCUGCAGCUGCUGGGGGCUGCCCAGCUCCCGGAGCAGGUCACCCUCAGCUAUGGCGUCUUUGAGGGGAAACUCAACGUCAUUAAGCUCCAUGGCCCCUUCUCCCCUGAGGAGGACCCCUCCAGGUUUCGCUCCCUCCACUGUCUCCUCUACCCGGAAACUCCCUGGUGCCCACAGCUGGUGGCCCGAUGAACCCUGAUCCGCUGGGUGAAGGUUGAGCAGAGGCAUCUGGUUGUCCUUUGUCGCCCAGGCAGCCUGUCUGUGGCAGGUCCUUUGGGGUGGAUGCUCCCUGGCAGGGCCCCUGAGUGGUGGGCAAGCCCAGGAUUGGAUGGUGGCUGGUGGGGAACGCGUCCCAAGCCCUCAGGAGGUGGCUCGGAACAGCCCAGGGCCAGGUGCACCGGGUGAGGGCCAGGGAGGCCUCAGGGGCUGGGCGGAAUUCAACAAGGGUGGGGGUUCUUGAGCUGCUCAGGCUCAGGAGUCCUAACCUUCCAGAGAAUUACAUGGGCUUCUGGGUGUGGUCCUAGUCCCUGCCCUCAGCUCUGGUCUCUCGGGUUAAGCACUGGGCCCCCCACUCCUGGCUUCCUUGGCUGGAUCCCAUCCACUGAGGGAUCCCACCGAGGGGUCAGUUGGAAUAAUGGCAGAAUCCAGGGUCUGCGGCUGACCAGUCUCCAGUCCCUGCUCCCGGUCUGAUUUUGUGGGGAGCAUCAGCAUGCCCAGUCCUAGAUGAUGGAGCAGAAUGGGUCCCAGCCAAUCACGAUAGUCCUUUUGCUCACUUUCCCAGCUUCCCUUGCUCUCAGGGGCUACCACAUGGCCCAGCUCUGGCCAGAGGCAGAGCUCUAUCUGUUAGUGUGAACUAAGCAAAGCCAACAGAGAGGCUUCUUGGGAAGCUCUUGCAGCCCCACACCCUAUCUUCCCUCUGUGUCUGGAUCUAGGGCAGCCACCUUGCUCCCAUGAAGUCAAGGUCAAGACAGUCAUCCAUGGCUGUCCUUUCCAACCUCUGGUUCUGUAAGAAUAUUAAACCCUUAUUUGUUUAA